AGUACUCCUGUAUUGAUAUUAACUUAAUGACUAUUAUUAUUAUUAUUAUUAUUAUUAUUAUUAUUAUUAUUAUGCUUUAAUCAUAAAUAUAUUUUUUAUCAUGACAUCUCUUUUCUUACUUGAAACCCAAAGGCACUUGGAUCCAUAACAUGCAGAGCUAGUGCAUGACAAAUACCAUCUCAUGUUCCACUUCCUCAUUUCAAACAUCCAUUUGUAGCUUAAUUAAUUAGCUAGAGAGCAAUAUUCAUUAAUGGCUUCUCCUUCUCCUCCCUCCCCUCAUCACGCUGUUUUGUUUCCCUUCAUGUCCAAAGGCCACACCAUCCCACUCCUCCAACUCGCCCGCCUCCUCCUCCGCCGCUGCAUCACCGUCACCGUUAUCACCACUCCCGCCAACCACCCUUUCAUUUCCCACUCUCUCUCCGACACCAAAGCCUCCAUCGUCGACAUACCCUUCCCGGAAAACGUACCUGACGUACCCGCUGGCGUCGAGAGCACCGACAAGCUCCCCUCCAUCUCCCUCUUCAUCCCCUUCGCCAUCGCCACCAAACUCAUGCAACCCCACUUCGAAAAAACACUGCAAUCCCUCUUGCCAGUCAGCUUCCUCAUCUCGGACGGCUUCCUUGGCUGGACCGUAGAGUCGGCGUCCAAGUUCGGCAUCCCCCGGCUGGUGUUCGACGGCACGAGCGCCUACUUCAUGGCUGUGUCCAGAGACGUCUACGUCCACCGCCUCCUCCGACAACCCAUCCCCCACGAUGUGCCAUUCACCGUGCCCACCUUUCCUUGGAUCAAGCUCACCCGAAACGACUUCGAACCGCCGUUUGGAGACAUCGAACCUAGCGGUCCUCUCUUUGACCUCGUCGUGGAGCAAGUCGUCACCACCGCUAAAAGCCAAGGUGUCAUUGUCAACAGCUUCUACGAGCUCGAACCCGCGUUUGUGGAUUACUGGAAUCGCGCGUGCGAACCGAAGGCGUGGAGCGUUGGACCGCUAUGUUUGGCGGUGCCGCUGGUGCCACCGCCUACAACGGUGGAGAAGCCUGAUUACAUGAGGUGGCUCGACAGCGAGCUCGCCGAGGGAAAGCCAGUUCUUUACGUGGCAUUUGGGUCGCAAGCAGAGAUCUCGCGGGAGCAAUUCAGGGAGAUAGCAACUGGGUUGGAGGAAUCCGAGAUGAGCUUUUUGUGGGUGGUGAGGAAAAAGGAUUUUGAAAUGUUUGUAGUGGCGGACGCGACGUUUGAGGAGAGAGUGAAGGAGAGGGGUAUGAUAGUGCGGGAGUGGGUUGAUCAGAGGGAGAUACUGGGGCACGAAGGGGUGAAGGGGUUUCUGAGUCACUGCGGCUGGAACUCGGUGGUGGAGAGCAUGUGCGCAGGGGUGCCGGUUCUGGCAUGGCCGAUGAUGGCGGAGCAGCACCUAAACGCGAGGAUGGUGGUGGAGGAGAUAGGUGUAGGGGUAAGGGUGGAGCACUGCGAUGGGGGGGUGAGAGGUUUUGUGAAGGGGGAGGGAUUGAAGAGGAGCGUGAGGAAGCUGAUGGAAGGGGAGAAGGGGAAGGACGUGAGGAAGAAGGCGGAGGAGAUUGCAGCGGCGGCGAGGAAGGCGAUGGAGGAGGGUGGAUCGUCCUACCAAAUGUUAGACCAGCUCAUCCUUCACACAUGCAAGUUGUCUACUGACACGGGUAGCGGUUGAUCAGGUUGAACUUGGGUCUAGCUAGCUUCAUAGUUGGUGUGGUGCAUACGCUGCUGUUUCAUGGUUGGAUAUAUUUGUAUAUAUAUUUUACUUGUUUUAAUUUUAGUAUUUGAAAUAAGUAAAGUAAAAAAUUAAGAUU